AACAAAGUCUGUUAUUCAAACACUUCUCAAAAAUCUUCCCAAAUACAUUGAUAACUGAAAUAGGUCUAUAAUUGAACAUAUUGUCUUUACUUCCAGAUUUAAAUAUUGGUGUCACUAUGCUUUCUUUAAAUUGGCGAGGAAUUACAGAGGAUUUGAAGCAAAGGUUGAUAAUAUUACAAACUAUUUGCUGUAACUCUAUGUUAUCCACUGGAGUUAGAAACAUAGAGUGAGCAAUGUUGAUGACAUGAAGAUCUGAUGUAUCAAGAAUUGAGUUUUGAUCAAUCUGACUUGUUAUUUGCUUACCUAUAUCAACAAAAUAUUUAUUAAAAACCCAUAUUGUGAUUAAUUGAUUUUUCGUCAUUUUUUUAAUUUUGAUAGCAUUAGUUACCUAUAGUUAUUACCAGCUAAAAUCAGUUUUUGUGUAUAAUAUUGAUUUUUAGAGAUCUUAAUAAGAUUAGUUAAUUCUGUUUCUGUAGGAGAUAUAGGACUGUCUCAAUGUCAAAUUAUCAUUAUCUUUCGUCAAACUCUGUUUCAACUCAUCAAUCUUCUUGAACGAAGUAAGAAUACGUCAGUCGUCCACGGCUUGUGUUUUCUAGUCUUACUAUUUAUUUUUAAAUAAUACGUUGAAUGAUCUAUGCCUUUAUAUAAUUCAUUAUAGAAGUUAUCAGUUGCUUUUUGGACAUCACUCUCUGAAAAAACACUGUCCCAAGUCACCACUUGUAAAUAAUCUGUCAACCUUUUCUCAAUACAAUUACUUUCUUUCAAAUACCCAACAUUGA